GUUGAAUAUGAACAAAACAAUUGACUUACGAUCGAUUAAUUUCUCAUGACUUACGGCUUGCGAUUCUAUCAGGUUCGAUCGUAGAACAGGCUGAAGCACGCACUCGCACGCUGAGCUACCGUCACGCGGCGACACGGUUGAGCGACACUGUACUCUCUCUCUCUCUCUUUCUCUCUCUUAUAUCUGGCCAUGACAGCAGAUACAACGGUGACGCACACCUGUGUACCACUGUGCGCCUGUCGCAGUCGGUGCAGCGUCCUUGCGGCACGGCGUUUCAUAUAUAUAUACCAUACCGAUCGGUGCUAGUACACGGUAAUUUCGCGGCGGAGUGCGCAUGCGCACCCCUCGUUGCCGUCGAUCAGUCCGGUGUGGCUCCACAAUCGUAUACGUUCCACUUCCUCGGAGCUCCACGUCUCCGUAAGCUUUCGCGUCGUGACUCGCGACUUCGCGCAGCUCCGUGUCCCGCGUCUCUCUAUAUGCUUUCAGUUCGGCCGCAGUUCGCCGAUCGCAGACCGUUAUUUCGGUCGUGCGUGGUCCGCGCGCUCCUCGAUUGAUCGGUCCUUUCCUUAUUCCCGGGUAUAGACGUCGCGCGUCUUUUUUGUGUUCGCGACACAUUUCGUCGCGCGUGGAACACAGGUGUGUUGAUUCGGCGGACAAACGGGGAAUAUAUACACGUUGCCGCUUCACGAACGGUGGAUGUAUACGGUCUCGUACCUGCCUGUGAUCGGACUGCAAUCAACGCGCGAGCAACAACGGGACAGGCGACAACGACGGCGACGGUGGUGGUGGAUGAGAGUAUCCUUUGGCGGCGCAUGCACCACGUUGCGACGCGCGGAUACUCCGACGGGGCCCGUCGCGGGGUCCAAGGAUGGUGAGCUCCCGCACCGUUAACGUCACGUCCACCAUUAACGGUAGCGGUGUAACCGACGGCGCGGUGAACACGUCGCGCGAGGACGAGAGACGCGCGACGAACGGCGUCGGCGUCCCUCAGGAGUGGAAUCAGAGCGGGCCGCCCUCGCUCUCGAUGUCGGUUGAUUUGCAUAAUUUCGACAGUUCGACUCUCACAGACUCGGGACGGUAUUCCGCGAGCCCGGACGAUCACCAGGCCGCAUCGGCCAAUGCUACCACAAUCAAAAUCGACUGUCACGACGAAGAGGAGAGCUACGAAGGUUUCGGUUCCGUUGAGGGCGAUUCGGUGGAUGAUGGACCAGAGUCGCCGGGCGGUAGCAGUUCCACGCCCUCGCCGAUUGGUACCAAUUUGCACAGAAAUCCGAGAAGUCCGAAUUCCACCAUUGGAAAACAUUCCUGGUUGCGCACGUCGCUGCGGAGAACGCCUCCUUGUUCGAGCAGAAAGAGACUCAGUUCUAACGCUUUAGCAAGCCAACUUUAUCGCAGUGGCAGCUUCAACAGUUCUGGAAUGGGUUCGAAUUACGACGCUACGGACGACGUGUAUAGCGAUGUAUCCUUGGAGGACGUCAUGGAUCUUAGCCAUAAAGUUCAAAUGAUCCAAGAGCAAAUGGAUGCUUUAGCGGAUACUAAGUCGGUCGGCGAGGAAAGAUACGCUCGAGCGAAACAAGAAAAUGCAACAUUACAGGCGCGCAUAUUAAUGCUCGAGGAAGCGGCCAAAGAUGCAGAAACGAGGGCUGAAGAGAGACUUCAAGCCGAACAACGAAGACAUCGGGAAUGGGCGUGUCGCCUGGAACGUGAACGUCAGUUGCAACUAGAGAACUGUGCCAUCAAGCUACAGGCAGCGGAGCUGGAUAGUGCCAGUUUGCGAGAAGAGAUUGCGCGAGUACGCGAACAACUCGAGAGAGCGAGGACGGAUAAAACGCGGCUCGAAAAUGAUCUCCGGGAGGCUAGGAGAGAAGCGGACGCCGCGCGCGAAAGUGAACGUCAUGCGAUAAGUCGAGCUAACGAGGCUCAUCAUAUGCUCGAUGUUAUGAGAGAAGAACUUUCGUUACGAGGCGAGGAUCAGCAGAGGCUCGAAGAAUUAGUGCAGCAGGUGGCUCAACUUCAAGCUCGCAAUAAAAGCUUGGAAGAAUCUCGAGACGAACUGCAAGCUGCUGCGGCGUUGCAGGCAGGCCGUGAACUUAUAAUGCUGAAUCCUUGUAAUAAUAACGCUGAAAAGGGUCCUACUAGUCUUGCUGUGGAAUUGUUAGCUGGCAUGAAUCCGGAUCAGAUAGAUGGCCAAGGAGAGCUCAGUGAACCGUGCACGAUGGCUGAAUUAAAACAAGCUAUAAAGGAACAGCAAGAAGUGAACACGCAGUUAAGAACAUACAUCGAUGGAAUAUUAUUGAACAUCGUAGAAAAUUAUCCGCAGUUGUUAGAAGUGAAGCAAAUGCACUGAUACAUAGCACAUAAUUCAUUAUUAGAUUCUGUUUUAAUGCUUUUGAGGCAGUUGUACAUUAACUUUCUUUGAAUUGAAAAGACUCGAUGGGGCUGCCUAGAACUUGGCCAAAAUUGAUAUAUUUUAUGUAUUAAUAUUUUCUUAUAGAAUAGUACUUAAAUUUCGUAGCGCAAAAGCGCACUUGAAAGUCAAUUUUAACUAAAAUUAAGCCUUUUUAAAGCAGUAUUUCCCGCAUAGCGCAAAACUAAAAAACAUCCAAGUAACUUCGCAGAAGGAGCCUCAGACAUUUCAUAGUGUCUAAGAGACUUUUUCAGAUCUCAUUGUUUAUCUCAUCAGGAUUAAAAAAAAUUUAAGCUCUAGGCAGCAGCUAUCUCUGUACAUCUAGAAAAAAAAAGAGUAAUAAAAUGACGUUACUGUAGUUGCAGUGUGUGCAAUGAUGUAAAAGGGAGAAUACUCGACUGGUAUGUCAUAUCUCUGAGAUGUCAUACCAUUCGAUCUUUAAGCCGUUUUUUUACACUGCCGUCAAACUUCGUCGCGCCAGUAUCAACAUUGCCAGGGUGGUGAACGAAUUACGCUCCUCGGAUUCUUUACACACCGUCGGCUGGCCUACGCACUUUGCUAUACGCGAUAUCUUUAAAGUACUCGUACAUGUGUUAUUAAUGAUCAUAUACGAUUAAUUCGAAUGAAUAUACAGGGUAUCCCCUAAUUAUUGACACAUUGCUCGUAUGCAGAUAGAACUGAUUACUAAGUCAAAAAUAUUCCUAUAAUAAGCUCGGUUUAUUCACCGAUCUUUAUUUACUGUCAAAUAUAAGCACGCAGCGAAAAACGGCCACCUAGUAGUCAAUCAGGCUACGUGCGCGAGGAGUUUAUUACAAGCCGCAAUGACUACGAGUGGAGCGUGGUCCUAGACUCCCACUCUAAACUAUAAUUGUCCUCCGUUGUUUUUUUUUUUUUUUUUUUUU